AGCACUUGCAGUUUGCGACAAGAUGCGUUUAUCGCCACGUAGUUUUGUUUGGCCGCCAGGUUUGAAAUUCAAUAAAAUGGUGGGCGCGGCUUUCCGGUCUCCCUCGUCGCGCGAUGAUUAUGGGGCGGCUGUCGGGGGUAGCGCUUUCCGAUGACGCGGCGCGUCGUGCGCUAAGGGGCCUCGCCGUCGAGACUGCCGAAAUGGCGGAGAGAAUGCCUAGACGUAUGGCGCCGGUACAUUCACGCAGACCGUGCAGCUCGCGCGCCCAUACUUCGAAGAGCCUGCCCCUCUGUGGCCCCUGUGUGUGGCCUGUCCGGCACUAAGAGUUCGGCGCGCCGCCGCAGUCAGUCGCGCGACGCCGCGCCGAAAAUGCGGAACGUGCGGCGCGCUGCCGCGCUGGAAGCAUUCUGCCACGGCGCCACAGAUCUACGCAGUGCCGUGGGGGCCUGCGCAGUUUCGGAAUCUGCGGCAGGUCGGUCGGGGCGCGAGCGCAGACUUGCAGCGCCAGUCGUGAUUUAGAGUGAGACUGUUGAGACUUCUGCUUACGUCACCAGGUUGGUUAAGAUGAUAGUACAUAGCUUGAUCCCAAAAUUUAGAUCUGAUGCGCUGCUGUUCCG